GGUGGUUGAGCGCCGGCGGAGGCAGAAUUUAGGGGCUACCGGGCUAUGAGGCGCACUCGCCCGACCACUUUCUCGGCCCCGCAGUAGCCGGAAUUGGGCUUCGGCUUCCCAGCUCGCGGCGUCCCCACAGCCUCGCUCCCCCAGCUCCCCCGGCUUUCCACGAUCCGAAUUUGCAGGCCCCUUAAAGGGUCCCAGUUGCUCUUUGCUCGAUCCUGCAGAACGGAAGUGAGGGCCCUGGACUUCAGUCUCAGACGGUGGGGAUCGGGAUGGCUUCCGUGCUGAUCCGAGAGGCCAAGGAGGGAGACUGUGGAAAUAUCCUGAGGCUGAUUCGGGAACUCGCUGAAUACGAGAAACUCUUGGAUCAGGUGAAGAUCAGUGAAGAAGCUCUGAUCUCUGCAGCCCUGAGAGCAGAUGGCUUUGGAGAGAAUCCUUUUUAUCACUGUUUGGUAGCAGAGAUUCUUCCUGCCCCCGGGGAGCCACAGGGGCCCUGUGUGGUGGGCUAUGGGCUGUACUACUUCAUCUACAGCACAUGGAAGGGACGAAACAUUUAUCUGGAAGACAUCUACGUGAAGCCCGAAUAUCGGGGUCAGGGGAUUGGCUCCAAAAUAAUCAAAAAGGUGGCUGAGGUGGCCCUGGAUAAGGGCUGCUCCCAGUUCCGCCUGUCAGUCCUGGACUGGAACAAGAGGGCCAUGGACUUGUACAAGGCCCUAGGAGCCCAAGAUCUGACGGAAGCUGAGGGCUGGCACUCCUUUCGCUUCGAAGGAGAGGCAAUGAGGGAGCUGGCAGGAAAGUGAUCCCAUCCCUUGAGAAUCUCUAUCUCAGUUUCUCCACGCCCACCAGCUCAAGCACUCCUUAGAGACUAUCACCCCAGAGAUAGUCUCCACCGACAAAGGCCUUCCUGAAGGAAGGAGGAUUGGGGGUGAAUAUUCCCAAAUGGAAAGAGCAGAAGCAUGGAAAAGGCCUUCCCACCUUCUUGUUAAGGGUGAAAAAUAAAUGAGAAUUCCUAUGUGCUGAUGUGGUGUUGGGAGGAGAAAUUGAGUAUGUGAUAAGCUUCAGCCACUUUACAACCCUUCCUCAGUGUUCUGGUCAGUGGAUGUUGCUCCUGGGGGUAAAGGUGGGCCUAAGAUGACUUUCGCUCUCAAUGGACCAGAGUCUUGGCUCUGGCCUGUAGAAUUUAGAGAAAAGAAGAGCAAGGGGCCAGCUUUCACAUCAGGCUUGUAGGUCACGUUUGGGACCCAGACAAAGGCGUACAGUGUGUGGACUGGGCUGUGCAGAAUCCAUGACUGAGGCUAGCCCACAGACUCAACAGAUGGAGCAGGCUGCCACCUAGUGGUGGCUUUUCAGGGGCACAGGGCAUUUCACUUGCCCUGACUUUAAAAAAUCCGCUCAGCUAUUUAGUGAUUUUUCUUUUUCAAAAGUCACAAAGCCUUUAUUUUCGGUUCUGCAAAACUGGAACAAACUUUAAGGGCCCAUGAAGGUAAGAAGGGAAACAAACUAAUUCCCCACUUUCAUAAUAUUUUAUUGCACAAGUAAUACAGGUUUGUUGAAGAAAUAUUUGAAGUAUAUAUAAAAAUAGAAUCCAUAGCCUUACUUACAUAAUUAUUAACCCUUUGGUAUCAAUUCUUUAGUUUUUUUCAGCGUACAUAUAUACAUAUAACUAGUUAAGUGUGUUGGCGUUUAUGGGAUUGUACUCUUUUGUGACCUGUUUUUUUCAUUUAACAAUAAAUCAGAAAAUCUUCCCAUACUA